AUGCCCGUCUCCUCUGCAAUGCGUUUUGAUCAACCCUACAGAAACGGUGAGAACACUCUGACACAUCCUGAGAACGGAAUGAUUUCAGAUGGAACGACGGGCAAUUCUUACAUUUACAACACGUGGAACACUGACUUCUGGAGCCCGUAAGUUCUCUUCAAACCUUCCGCCCUAUUCAAUCGAAUGAUACAGUUCGGAAAGGAGGUCUCACUUUUGAAAGCUUUAUAAUACUAAACGACCUUGUGAAAUGUUCAAGGAUGACUGGUAGCCAAACAUGUUGCCAUCCAAACAUUGAAUAUCUCGAAAUCUUCUCUUUUUUAAGUGGGUCGGAUAAGACACUCGGCCAGACAGCGCCCUCGCCUUCCGCGACUACAAUUAAAUAUCGUCGCUUCGCAAAAGAGUUUCCAAACUUUCGUCUUCUUUGCAAUCGAAAAAGGGAAAAGUGAUUUAGGCGGGUUGUCUUGUUCCCCCUUCAAAUGUUCAUUUUGUCCCCCCGUCUUAUCGCCUUCGAACUUUUUCUCAAACAACCAUUUUUAUCGGCUUGCCAAGAACAGUUUUUGAACACAAAUUUGAAACGCGUACGUCCACGAUUUAUCGGGGGCUGAGGGGCUACUGGUGGUGUGUUUCAAAGCAAUGCGCACGCGUAUCCGCCAUCUUUACCUCCCUGCGUCCGUCUGUCUUUUAUUACCCCGUUCUACUCGGACGAGAGGCCAGCCCGGGGGUCUCUUUUUAGAUUAGUCUUGCCAAUUUUCUUAAAUUUGUUUUUAGACUACGGUAAGCAAGGGCGCGAUUAUUUUGUGCAAACACGGCGGCGCUAAAAUGAAGAGCGCGAAUUUUCGGGUUUUAGAAUUAUUCGCGAAGAGAGUGAUUGCUGUUCCGUUCCUCUUCCUUCCGGGACCGUCUUCAUUCUCAGCCGUCGUCUGCUUCGGUUGCAUUCCUUUUUUGCCGUCCCGUCCGUCGUCUCUGUUCCUACUUUGCCAUCGGCGCUGCCCGUCAUACGCGCCUCCUCCUUUCCGUUCUCAUUCAUUGUCUUUCCAUUUUUCCCAUCUAGAAAGCUGUUCAACUAUUUUCAGAAUGAAAGAGGAUCAAGUCUCGCAGAAGCUGCCAGGAGCCUGGUACUACGAGGACGACGCGACCUCGUGCUCGCCAGUCAGCGAUCCGGAAGACAUCGCCCAGUUCCUCAGCUACAGAUCGUCAAUCGGCGUGCAAAAUGUGACUCAGUCCGUCGACGUUCCCACUUCAGAGCACGUCGCCGAAAUCGUUGGCCGUCAAGGUUGCAAGAUAAAGGCUCUUCGUGCCAAGACGAACACGUACAUCAAGACGCCGAUCCGAGGAGAAGACCCGAUCUUUGUGGUGACUGGACGGCCAGAAGACGUGCAGGAGGCGAAACGAGAGAUCGAGUGUGCCGCCGAGCAUUUCACUCAAAUCCGCGCCUCGAGAAGGCACAGCCAAGGUACGUAAUCGGGACAGGAAAAAGCUAAAAGUGAAAUUCAGUGGUUCCAGGAGCACAUGCACCAGGACAAGUCACAAUUUACGUGCGCGUGCCUCUCCGCGUAGUCGGUCUCGUCGUCGGACCGAAAGGAGCCACGAUCAAAAGUAUUCAGCAGGAUACCCACACGUACAUCAUCACGCCAAGCCGCGAACGUGAGCCCGUUUUCGAGGUGAGCUGCUGGUUCGGUCGGAGGAAAAGCGCACGUGUGUCUCAUUUCCCCAUUCUUUUCAUCCCACCGCUUUGUUUCCUCUUCCUGGGCGGCGAUCGAGGUCGCACAGUUGCAGAAUAGUUGGCAAACAAAAACAACUCGUGUCUGUAGGCAAUCAGCCGGGUGAUAGCGGUUGUGUCUACGAAACGGGACAAGUUCAACGGAAACAUGUUGGGCGAAAAAUGUUUUCCAGAUGGCACACUUAGCCUGUUGAUCUCAUUUUUGUGGGAUCUUGCUGACAUGACUGAUGAGAAAACACAUCCGGAAGUACUUGUGGAGCCAGUCUUUCGUGAAUUUCUAAUAAAUUGAAAUGGUUGUACCAAGCUUGAACUUUGGUCGCUUCUCAUUUUCCUUACUUCUAAAGCGCAGGGUAAUAAGUGGGAGAUGGCUUUGAUGAGAAUGUUUAGGGAGAGCUAUGUGUGUUAUUUGGGCGGACAUGUCGAGAUUAAGAUCUUUUAAUUUGCUCGUCGUCUCCGCUCCCCGUGGGACCGAUUAGUGUUGCAUUGAUGCCGCUUCGCAACAAAAUAUCAUCUUGUGCUUCGUCGUUGAUGAGAUAAUUCAGUUUCAUGUGCAGUAGUGACGCCUUCUAGACUCUUCUUGGCCUUCACAAGAGCCAGCAGUAGAUUAGGCGAAUUACCGAUGGAUGGCCGCCCGUCCGGGUUUUUGAGAAGGGAGUCACGCGAUGCCGCCGACACGCAGCCGGAGACGACCCACUCCCAGGCAACUCAUCACCCACAAAAGGGAUCUCUUUGUCCUCUUGCUUGUCAGAAAGGAUGGGGAGGAGACUCAAUUAAUGAAAUGGCGAACCGCGGGCGCACGGCGAGGCGUCAAGAAGGCGAAAUUGCACAUAUGCUCUUUUUAUUAUUGCCCGCCGUAUGAGCAAUGCUUGGCCGUAACUAGAAAAGUGAGACGGGAUGUUGUCAGCAGGUUUUUGAAGUAGGAAAAAAAACAAAAAGCAACACACAUCUGGAGAAGGUCGUUCCGCAAUAAAUGUGCUAUCUUUUGUUACCAGGAGGUUUGAACAGUAAUCAGAUCAUAUUAGGGUUAUGUAAUUGACGGUUUCGUGUGGGUUUGCGCGAAAGUGUGUGCAAUAGAAUUACCGUAUCGCGGAAAGGCGUCCCCGUCUCUUCUUCCUCACAAUGGUAAUUAUCAUUGGGUCGUCGACCUCCUCUCACGAACUGUGAAUGUAUUGACAGUGCGCGCGGCCCGAGUACAUGACAUCUUGCAACCGUCGUCAUUCCUACCAAUUUAGUUGUCCGUUUGACACAAAUGCCCGUACCGAGAGAUGAAUGCCAGAAUCGCAAUGAUGGUUUCAUCUGAUUUUUUUGUGGGACGAGCGGUUAUUAGGAGUGCGCCAGACGAUGACCGUUUGAAAAAUGGAUGGGCUUUUGUGAAAAGUGACGAGGGUCGCGUGCCGUAUUUUGAUAUCCAUCUAAUCAAAAGGUUUCUAUCUUUUUAGGUCGAGUUACUCACUCUUUCGUUGCAGGUCACCGGACUACCGCACAAUGUGGAAGCAGCUCGCAAAAAGAUCGAGACGCACAUCUACGAGCGUACAGGAAACCUGCCAGAGACGGAUCACGACGCUCCGGGACAGUACAUCGGGGCGCCAAUGAUGCAGUCGAACCUUCAGCAACAGCAGCAGCAGCAGCAGCAGCAGUCGGCCAUAUACCGCAAGGCCCUCGCCAACUGCAAUCUUUUCAAUCAGAUGGGCAAUGAAUUGCCUUUUGGAAUGGAAAGCUCUCUGGGUCUGGAUGCUCUGGUAAGAUAUCCAAUUAGAGGGUGGAAAGCAACUAUGUUAUUCCAGCUGCGCAGUUUCCCGUCCAUGCGCAAUUCACUGACAUCUGAUGCUCUGCAAGGGUUUGGCAGAAGUUCGAUUGGGGCCCCAAUGCAGACGAAGGGCAACCGUCCGUCGCUCGGCGGACAGUCUGUGAAGCUGGAUGUCCCGACCUACGACUACUGGGGAAACAACAACUCUAUCAACGACAUUAUGGAAAACGGUAUUUGUUUAAAUAAAAAAGUCUGGAAACAACUUUAUGCUUUCAGAGAUACUUUCCCGCAAUUUCGAUGCUCUGUCUGCGUGGUCGUCGACAGGGUUGGAAAAGCGCGAGGAAUCGCCCGUAAAUGGACUGAUGUCGGCGAAGAACGGCAGCUCCGGGUUCGGAUUCCUCAGCAACAUCUGGUCGGACAAUCUGAAUCUGAGCCCCGGAUCUCUCACUUCCACAUCCGCUUCACCGACGUCAUCAAACUGUGAUCACAAUGAUCACACUCUGGUUCCGAUCAGUGGAUAG